UAAGCGGCGCAGUGUGUGGCACACGUCGUGCCAACUGCAGCCCGCAAGUGGCAGUCGUGGUGGUGGUGGGUGGGGUAGGGUCGGUUGGGGUGGCGCAGAGCGCGGAAGUUAUAGAAGUUUGCGAAACCUACGACGAAGUCAUUUAACGACCAUCGUGCUAACGACUCACAGCUUCGACAGCAACACUUCCACGGCUUGACUUCACGGGACCGUUGGUAGGACAACAACCACCAUUACAAAAGUUUCUUGUUUGUUUAGUGACAACUGCUAGGACUAAUUCCUGGUCUGAGGAGGAAGGUAGGUGUGUGUGUACGUGUGACCCCCACCGACCCCAGUGCAGAGUCGAGUCGACAACAACGAAGGUUCGGCCAAAAGCUGCAAGAUAUCAUCACGGCUGCAGAACACCUUGUUGACAGGGGAAAAAAUUGUUUACUUGUGGAUUCGACAACACGUGGCGUAUCUCACUCCACAAGGGGGGUACAGGCGAAGGUGUCUGUGGAAUAUUCUGUCCCGGUUCGCACCUCGAGGAUCGCCAGAAAGGAGUGGCACCUUUGACAAAAACCAGCGGCGAGCUACAUUCCGACCAUCAUGAUCCUGCGAAGUUCAUGGAUUCCUUUCGGCUCCGGAGCGGGACCUGGAUGUUGUAUCAAGUCCUCUUUCCUUCUGAUCCUUGUGGUAACACUAGUUUUGUCAUCGGCCGAUGACCACCCACAUACCCAGCCACCCGGCCUGUCAGAACCUCAAGGUUACCCAACGUCAGCCAGGUGUGGGCCACUACCUCGGGUGGUUCUGGAGCUGGACUGUGCAGAGACAGAUUAGGAACUUUUCCGGCCCCCACCUUCCGGUUGUUGACUUGCGGGAUGUGCUUCACGUUCUUGUACAACAGCAAACCUAUGGAUGCCAUCUUCACCUUCAAGUCCUUUCAGAUUGUUUUCCUCAAUUCGUCAGGAUCUCCAGUGGAUUUCGCUCCGCCGGACGUGAGCAACGACAGCGUGGUGGAGAAGGUUUGUCGGGUGGUGAGGCAAGCCAAGGAGGACUGCACGCGCUGGACAUCGUGCUGCAAGGCGGCGGACAACUGCUGUCAGCGGCAACUGGCGCUGGGUGACGUCACAAGGGUGACUGAAAACGAGGCUGGAGGCGGGAAAGCCGAACAGUUAGCUUGUCCCCGCACGUGGGAUGGAUUCAGCUGCUGGGAUGAUCCGACUGCCGGGAGUAUGGUGACCAAGUCCUGUCCUGGCUACAUAGAGCACAGCUCUGAUUCCGGUUUUGCAACCAAGUCUUGCAGGGAGAACGGAACCUGGUAUACUAACCCAGAGUCGUCUCAAGAAUGGACAGACUACACCACCUGUGUACAGCUCGAUCAUUUUGAGGCUUUAUUUUGGGUGAGUGUUGUCUGCAAUAUAUUCAGCCUUGUUCUUCUUCUUCCCGCCUGCUUCAUCUUUCUGUACUUCCGGUCGCUGCGGCAUCAACACCGGAUCAAGCUCCAUCUGUGUCUCUUCAGCUCCUACGUCUUCACCAGCGGCGUCAUGCUCCUGUGGGAGAGUCUGGUGGUCAGCGACCGCCUCUACCGAGACACCAACGACACCAUCAUGCACCAGAACUCGGUGGGAUGCCGCUUUCUCUUCGCGGUGACUCGCUACGCAUGGACGACCAACUUCCUGUGGAUGUGGUUGGAAGGAUUUCACUUGUUUCGUCUCAUGGUCCAGGCCUUCGCCGUGCCGCGCUCUCUCGUUGGCUUCUACAUCGGCGGCUUCUCAUCGCCGUUAGUUCCAGUCCUGAUAUACGCCAUCAUCAGAGCAUCUAUCCCCGAUCUCAACACUCGGUGCUGGGUUCACAAUGCCGGCGAGAUUGAGUGGAUUAUUUACGUACCUAUCCUGUUUUGUAUUGCUGGUAAUGUCUUCUUCUUGGGAAAAAUUCUGUGGGUGAUGCUGAACCAACUGCAGUCCCACCCCAAUGAGCCAAGCAGCUACAGGAGAGCUGUCAAGGCCGCUGCUAUUCUAAUUCCGCUUUUUGGACUUCAGGCUCUGCUGGUCAUGAUACGGCCAUCUACUUCUUCCUUUGCCUUUGAAGUGAUUUCACGAAUCGUCAGCAGCACUCAGGGAGCUGCUGUUGCGGUGGGAUUCUGCUACCUAAACGGAGAGGUGCUGAGUGUCGUCAAAAACGUCCUUCCGCACUCACUGCGUUCUCGGGUGCUGCUCCGCUCCGACCAGCGAAGCACCGUGUCCACCCAGUUCACCACAGACGCCGUCUCCCGCUCCGGGAACGGGCAGGGCAGCCAGACCUCACGCGCAUGCCUGGGCGGAAGCAACGAGACCAACGCGUCGUUUCGAGGGCAACAUGGCGCCGGCUACAUCCCGUUGUCUACGAUGUCAGACGAGAACAAGGACAAGGUCAACGAGGAGGUGAAACUGGGUAACGGUGCUCUCUGAAAUAAGAAAAGCAUCCCUUGGUGUUCUGCCACCCGUGUACAAUGUUCUCGAACGAUCCGAUAGAGAGAAAAAAACUGUGACUGGGUGCACUCCUCCGUCAAACCUUUCCAAACCUUCGGUGGAUCCAACGUCGUUGUUGCUGUAAAUACAGAAAUGUAAUGGUGUUGAUAAGUAAAAAUCUUUGUCAGAAGAUUAUUCAAACAUUUAACGGUGUUAAAUAUGAAAUCUGAGUUUCAUCAUUCAGUGUAAAGCAUGCAUCCGACGAGGGUCGAAGUCGGGUAGGACCUCGACAGAGAAAGGAAUAUCGUUGAAAAACUGGUCUAGCAAAAGUGCUAUGCCAUGAUGUUGAUGAAAGUAUGCACCCACGUGUAGUUCACUGAUUGUUGUGGAAUCACUAAGAAGAAGAAGAAGAAAAAAGGACAUCAGGGACUCAAGGACGGCAUGCGAGCAAACCUUCCCGUCCCUCGAUUACCUGGACGGCCUGUGCAACCUUGUGUCGCACCCUGGAACUGUUAGCAAGGUGUUGUAGCAGUUCAUGUGUACCUCUGUUACUUCUGUGAUAUGCGCAGUUCCAUCUAUUUCUUGUUUUAAAAAUAUCCUUAGAAAAUUCUUAGCACCGAAAGAGGACGUUUGACAGAUGGUCUAGAGCAGGGGUAGCCAACACCUGGACGGUGUUCCUACCUGGACUGCCUAUACCAUCGGGUAUGUAACUCGGUAAAUUUGUAAAACAAGUGGCUUCUGGUAUUAUUCAGUACCCUUGAAGUAUCUCUCAUUGUCAGAAAGGUUCAUGACCCCUGGUCUAGAGGUGUGCAAAGAAUGUAAAACCCUUUUCUGCAUUUAUAUAAUCUCUAGUGUAAUGAAGUGAAGACUGCAGAAUAAACGGAAAAAAAUGGAAAACAAAUCUUAGUGCCCUCUCAGUCUGGCUAACUCACAUGAUUAAUCCAAUAAUCGAGAUGCUUGUGGGGUGCAACAAGUACAUGUUUCUGUUUAAUAUUCAUCGACUACAAACGCUUUAAGAGAACUGGCCAACUGUAGGGGCCACUGUAGUCGUUGUUAGACAAGGGGACAAGGCGGUGUUCGCUGCAAGAGACAAAGAAAAAAAGGAAAGAAGGGAAAAGAAGAAUAAAGAGAAAGAAAAAAAGUAGUCCAGAAGUGAUAGUCUAAUGUAAAUAUACUACAUCUAGUAGGACGAAGGCAAUGGACAGGACUUCCUGUUGUUGCAGAGCCUGAUGCUAAAAAGACUAAACGCCUUUUGCAGUUUAUGUAUGUUCAUGUCCGGCAACUCUGUCCACAGAUUGUCUGUUUUGGUUCACAAACAGAAAUGAAGACUUUGCUACUUUGAAGCUCUGAUGUUUGAACUUUCACUAUGUGACUGCUAUGCUCUGCCGUUCGCACCGUGGGUUGAGUUGUUUGAACUGUGGGGCUGCUAGGUUCUGAUGUUUUCACUGGGCGAAUGCUCUACCGUUUGUGUUUCAUACAAAUCUUAUAAGUAAACUUGUAUGCCCUUUCUCACUAUCACAAGUCAACUUGAGAGAUUUAAAUCCGUUGCUUGCUUCAUCAGUGUGUUCUUCAAAAAGCCUUGAUGUAGUGCUGCAGCGUUUACUUGUCAUUUAAGAGCUGGACACAUAGUCUCCCUCGACGGUCGAAAGAAACAGCAGACCAAUCGGAUUUGUUGGAAGUCAACAUAUAAUGUAAAAAAGCAAAUAAAUAAACACAUCCGAGGAGAAUGUAGGUAGGAAUCAAUGAUCGAGGAAAGUUGCCUGUUUGAACAAUGUUUGAGAAAAACGUGAAUUUAUUGUUUAAAAUCAGUGUUGUAGGGGUUAGAGGUGAGAACAGAUGGUUGAUCUUCCAGAUUGUUCGCACAUUUCUUACGGGGAAAACCCCCAUCUCACUUCAAAAAAAGCUUAGCUUUAAGCUAUUGAACUCUCCUGUUUUUAUCAUCCUGAGACCGACUGGAGCAGAAAGGAGACCAGCUAGAUCAUUCAAGAACUAACUAGAUAACCUAACAGGUUGAGUGGCAAGGUGACAGUUUGGGCAGCGCGAAAUGCACGAGAGGGUGUUGUCUGGAACAAAUCCGAUAAGAGCCACAUACAAAUCAGCUGUGUUUACUGUUACUCGACGGACCCCAGAUUCUCCCACCAGCUCUCACCCCUUACUUUUACAGUUUUUUUCUUCUGCUUUAAAUAUUUACGAAAAUAACUGCCGGGCCAGCCAAGCGCGUAAAGCAGGUCCACGUUUACACCAGCGAAUCUAACACGAAAAAAGUUUCCAACAAUUUUUUUAAAUUAUUUUUUUGGUGUGUGCAAAGGUUGAAUUGAAGGAAGAAGGAAAUGCAGAUGUAAACGAAUUCUGUCCAUUUUAAAGGGGGAGCAUGCGAGAGGUCUGGUGGAUCUUGCGGCCAUGACAGGAAAAUGGCGCCUGACAUGCAAGCCCGUUAGAUGGAGCCCGGUAGCUCAGCGUGUGACUGUGGCCCCCACGUCGUGCAUCCUGCCCCAAGUCUGUUCGUUGAUAAGCCGUUAGUGCACGAAACUCAACUGAGAAGGAUGAGUCAACAGGUUCCCGGCCUUUGAGUAACUUGCUGCACGUGCUUGCGGCCCAUGAUCCUCUCUUUCAGCGCAUGCGCCCAAACGCUUGCAUCAACCGUGAACCCCAACCCUUUUUCGAGCUUUUGAAGAGGCAAUUAAAUCACCUGCUGUGUAGACCAGCCAAGCAAUUAACAGGUCAGGUUUUGUCAAGCCAUUAUCUGGAAUUGGGUUAUAACAUCGGGACUUAGUGCUGGUUGCUGGCAACAUCGAUUAGAGUUUUAGUGUUCGAUGGAAUUAAUAAGAUAAAAUCACUCAGGCAUUUCUGCAAGCAGCUACAGUUUAAUAUAACUGUCGAUCAAGCCUUUGUAUGAAUUGUUAUUGCGACUGAUAUAUAGUUAAUAAAAAAGUAGUAUUCUUGAAAUGCUCUGUUGAUAAAGAUGGUAAUUACUGUAAUUAAUGGAAGGUAUUGAAACCAACGAUGUGCAUAAAUAUUGACUAUUCUUCAAGAAGCACAAAAGAGAGAAAUCAACUAAAACGCCACCUAAAGAAAUUUUUUAAAAAAUAAGGGAACAGAAAAGAAAUAGAUAAUAAAAUGCUGACUUGUCAAGGACAGGAACAUAUAACUACGAAACAAACUUCAUAAAACUGCAAAAACCUAUUUUCUUGUUUCCUUUUAUUGAAAGCUGCCUAAGUCCAUAUCCGCUUAAUAUGUUAUACAUAUCAGUCUUCAGGUACCGAGCUGAGAAUACUUUUAUAGAACUAUUGGUAUGUUUUGAGAUGUAUGUGCUCAUUACUGGUGAGUAGGAUGAGUUUAAUCUUGUGACCCGAAAAAAAAUCACAACGGAAUCACUUUAUUUGUGGACACCUUUAAUGACAAGAUAAAAGUUAUUGCUAUAGAAUAGAUAAACAUAAUUUGAACUGAAAAUAAUUGUUUUUAAAAUCCUUGAAUUAUGGGAUAGCUAGAAAUUGUUCUUGCUGUAGGAGUCGGAAUAGGAAACAAGACAGAGGUCGAAUUAUGACGAUCACUGGUCAUCGUCUGGGGCUGUAGGUCGUGUCUAGGACAGCUGACAAACUUCCCAGCAGCCUGCCUUUGUCUGCCCUCAUUCCCCUUUUCCGUUUCCAGCAUCAAAGAUCAGGCUUAACAGGUUUUCUUAGUUUCUGUACGCUUGAACGAAGCUCACGCAAAAAUUGUUUUCAAGUUGUUUUUUUGUAGCUAAUGUUCGCUUUACAAUAAGAGGGCAAAAUUCGGAAAUAAUUGCACCUUGAAGUCUGCCUUACUUCCUUUGAUGUGGCAUGCAAGGGUUCUUUAAGCUCUUGUAAGAAGCUUAUAAAUGUUAUUUUAUCCUCUGAUUAUCAUGCAUUGCAUCGUCUUUAAAAAGGACGAACAGGUCGCAUGCACUAAAGUGUCAAUAAUAUUUCACGCACCGAUCCAUUUCUGUGAACGAUUCCCGCAGUUUGAAAACUGCAACUCAAAGAACCUGACAAAAAAAAAUUCAUCUUUGAAUGUUCAUUGAAUCCUCGAGGUACCGAGCAUCAGAGAAACUGAAAUGUUUCUUGAGCGAUAAAAACCUGUCCAAGCAUUCUCGUUCGCUUGUUGUGUUGUUGGAUGGUAGUCAAAGAAUUGAUGGAUAAAUUAUGGUAAAUAAAGUUAUCAUUUAUUGUAUUUUCUGAAUGUUUACAGUUUAUACUCGCCGAGGGUCUGAAGAGUACGGUUUGAUUGAAUUUCAAGAAAACUACCGACUAAAAGGUUUAGUUUAUAUGAAUAAUACCAGCACAUGGAAGGUCGUAUUGUAAACAAAAACACAAAUUUGAAUUUAUCAGAAAAUAAAAUAUUCAAAUUAUACACAAUAGAAUAAGAAUUAACAUAAAGAUGAAAUUUCUAAUUGUAUUUUAUUGUCUGUUUCACGCUGCUUGCACUGCCUAAAAUCCCAUCUUUCCUGUUUGUAUAAAAAUCAUAAUAAAAUAGAAAAUAUUAUUCUCAAGCUGUGAUUUACCGGGAUACAACUCUUCUACUACGCUAACACAAAGAAAAAUAAGGAAUGUAACCGAGCAAAGAAUAUACAAGAAAAGAGCAUUGAAUGAUUUGAAAGGAAUGAAGAAAGAAGUGCAAGUUGGAGACUGUGCUGGAGCAAGGCCCCUGUGUGACAGACUGUGUAUCAAGAGAGUCUCAGCCCUUCUGUCGCUGCUACAUGGAUGCUUUUCCCCGGCAAAGGGUACAGACCCUGUGUUCCUGACACGAGGUAUCACUACUUGUGAUGUAUAUAAUAAUUAUAAUAAUAAUAACAAUCCUGUAUCAUUUCAACUUCGAUAUUCAGUAGUGUCACGUGAUCAUGCUGAGAAGUGACAUUCUGAGAUAAACAUUUUGCUUGAUUGUUAAUAUUUGUUUCAUUCGGACAAUAAAUUUUACUUUGAAACUUGUGUUAAGCACUAAUGCCGAUUCCAUUUAAAUGUAGAGAGAUAAGAAAGUGGUUCUGUUCCUUAGAUAACGAUUCCUGCAGGGUUUGAGGGUUUGUUGCUGCUGCACAUACAUUAUUGUACAUUGGUUUGUCGAAAAUUAGUAAAUUAUUUUAAUGAACUCCUGUUGAUAUUUUUUUCUUGUAAGAUGUGCACCACAGUGUGCGUGUUAGUGUAGAUGUGUUAGUAUCAUCAAUGCUUGCAUUUAUUUUAUCAUCACAUGGCUUUGAGUCUCAUAUACCAAUGUGAGUGAUGCUUGUUUUCACGGCACUCAAUAAAGAAUUAUAACUUA